AUGGGUUCCAGGCAGCAUCUCCGCGAUAUCAAAUCCGGUCCCCCACUAGACUACCAGGAUGAUAUCAGAGCUUAUUCGCGGGAGUACGCCGAGGCACUGGAUGCACAAGAUCCUCUGCGUCAAUUCCGAGACGAAUUUAUCAUUCCUUCCAAGCAGGAUUUGAAGCGAAAGACAUUGGCGGAAGAUCAGAAACAUGAUGAUGCUUCUGAUGCUACAUGCAUCUACCUCUGUGGCAACUCCCUCGGUGUUCAGCCUCGCAGCACUCAACGGUACAUUGAGCAAUACUUGCGAACCUGGGCAACCAAGGGUGUUACAGGUCACUUCGUGCCGCACGAAGAUGAAUUGCUACCUCCAUUCGUCGAUGUGGACUCUGCUGCGUCCAAGCUCAUGGCACCGAUUGUGGGUGCUUCUCAAAAGGAAGUCGCGGUGAUGGGGACUCUCACUGCCAACCUCCACUUCCUCAUGGCCAGCUUCUAUCAGCCAACAAGUGAGAAGUACAAGAUUAUCCUGGAAGGAAAAGCUUUUCCCAGUGACCAUUAUGCAAUUGAGUCUCAGGUUCACCACCACAAGUUCGAUCCAAAGCAGGCUAUGGUGUUGAUUGAGCCUGAGGAUAUCGAUCGCCCAGUCCUCACCACAGACCAAAUCAUCAAGGUGAUCGAUGAGAAUGCGUCCAGCACUGCUCUGAUUCUUUUAUCCGCCAUUCAAUUCUACACAGGCCAAUACUUUGACAUUCAACGAAUCACGGCCCAUGCUCACUCCAAGGGCAUCUUGAUCGGCUGGGACUGUGCCCAUGCCGCUGGCAACGUCGAUCUCCGUCUACAUGACUGGGACGUCGACUUUGCAGCAUGGUGCAGUUACAAAUAUCUCAACAGCGGACCGGGUGGUAUGGCUGCACUGUUUGUCCAUGAACGUCACGGACAGGUAGACAACGAGGAGAAUUUCCGGCCUCGGCUUUCAGGUUGGUGGGGCAGUGAUCUCCAAACACGCUUCCAAAUGAACAACACAUUUGUCCCACAACCCGGCGCUGCUGGCUUCCAGCUGUCCAACCCUUCCGUCCUAGAUAUCAAUGCGGUCGUCGCCUCUCUUGAAAUCUUCAACCGUGCAACGAUGAAGUCGAUUCGUGAAAAGUCACUCCAUAUUACUGGCUAUCUCGAGCACUUGUUGCUCAAGUAUCCCUUGGAUGCUCCCCCAGAGGAUAAGCCCUUCACUCUAAUUACACCAUCUCAUCCAGCAGAGCGAGGAGCCCAGCUCAGCCUGCGGCUCCAGCCUGGGCUGCUCGACAAUGUGUUGCACUACCUGGAGGAACACGGCGUGGUUAUCGAUGAAAGGAAACCGGAUGUCAUUCGGGUGGCUCCUGCACCUUUGUAUAAUACAUAUGUCGAUGUGUGGGAGUUUCGUCAAAUAUUCUUGCAUGCUUGCCGGGAGGCUGUCAAGGCUCGAGGCUGA